AUGGAACAUUGGCCAAGCGGCAAUACUGUAAAGUACUGUACACAUUCAAAUCUCAGGGAAAUUUUAGUCGAGUGGAUCCUCGACUUAAUCGGCUCCGACGGCACUCCCGUCAGGGAGUUGAGCAUCAAACCCCUGGAAGUGUCCUUUACCACAUUGUUUUGGGAAUUAUAUAUCGCUGUCACCUAUCUCCUCUUCAAACCCGAUUACCACGUUGCCCGCUUGGCUACUGCCUUGCCUCAUCAGCCCCAAAUCAACGUUCUCAGCAACGCCAAGAAGGUCAAAGACCAGUCCACUUCUUCAAAGUGGAGACGUGGACAAAAUUCCGCUGAGCUAUCAGCCUUUGUGGAGUCACAUUCGCAUCUUCGCGUCUACACACCUACAACAUUUAUAACCACACCCAUCCAUACCUUUACUGUACUCCCACGCCCUGGGCCCGAUCUGAUCUAG